AAGAUAAAAGACAGGGAAUUUUGCAUAGUGCCGCGUCAUCAAUGCUUUGCAACCGCUCCCCUUCUUUAUCUGCAGGCUACAGACUCAACAAAUGAUACCACUUGGAGAGUUUAUUUCACUGUCAGUAUAACGUAGCCUAAAAUGUGUUAUGGUGGCUUUAUUGGACAGUUUUAUUUCCUUGGCUGGGCGAAGGACAGCUAUUAUAUACCUGGAUGAAUUGUCGACACUGUCGUUUAACUCGAGAAUGCAUAUUGUGGACUAGCAGUUGCGUUUAGGAUAUUUGUUUUUCCUUAUUCUGACCAUGUGGAAGUGUUGAAAUGCGCACGACAGUGGAUUCGGUUCCGCUUAUAAAUACUGUAUUUAAUAAUUACGGUAGUUCCGUGCUACAUGUUUUUUUUAUUCAAUGCGUUUAGUUGAUGGCGACAGUUUUAUGUGACUCAACUCAACUUCUUCACCUGCGGCUGUUCCUUUUGAACACGGUCAGCUUGAAGACAACGGUUUUACACACCACGAACUGUCAUUGAACAACCAUCCCGAAAGAAGUUACAAGAGAGUGGAACUUACUUUCUAAAACUUUGUAAUACCUCAACCAAAUUAUGACUUCGGUUUGGAAAAGAUUACAACGCGUUGGCAAGAAAGCUUCAAAAUUCCAGUUUGUGGCGUCUUAUCAAGAACUAGUGUUGGAAUGCACGAAGAAAUGGCAACCAGAUAAAGUCAGGGUGGUUUGGACCAGAAGAAAUAGGCGUAUGUGCUCUAAGCUUCAUGGCUGGCAGCCGGGCAUCAAGAACCCCUACAGGGGGAUGGUGGUUUGGCCCGUACCUGAAAACGUGGAUAUCUCCCUCACACUCUUCAGGGAUCCCCAUUCUGAUGUGUUUGAAGACAAAGACUGGACAUUUGUCAUUGAGAGUGAGACAAAGGGUCAACGUAAGGUCUUGGCUGCAGUGGACGUGAAUAUGAAGAAGUUUGCCAGUGCCACUCCCACUCAGCAAGACCUGACAUUGAAGCUGAAGCCCCUGUCUGUCAAGGUGCUGGAGGCCACUCUGAAGCUCUCCCUGUCCUGUGUGUUUCUCAGAGAGGGGAAAGCCACUGACGAAGACAUGCAGAGCCUGGCCAGUCUGAUGAGUGUCAAACCCACAGACAUCGGUAACCUUGACGACUUCAACGAGAGUGAUGAGGAGGAAGACAGGAGGUCUAGUGCUGGAGCUAGCAUUAGCAAAGCUGCCGCAGAGAUACAGAGGGAGUUGAAGACUCUCACAGAAGAGGUCUACCACAGUCCUACUCUUGGUCCGAAACUGUCAGAGCAGCAGACGGCAUCCGUGUCCAGUGAGACUGUUCCCCUGGCUCUGAGAGGGGACGAGUCUCCUCACUCCCCCAGGACUGUUGGCGCCAUCAGGAUCACGAACCAACAAGCCUCUGCUGAGAAAGCUGUGGGGUUGAAAGAUGCCAGUACUAUUAAAACUGCGGGGUUGAAAGAUGCCUGUACUAUUAAAGGUUCUGGGCAAGAUGGCAACCCAGCAACUGGUGUUCCUGGCCCUAUUCACACAGAAGUCUCAGCAGAGCUUAUUCCAGCACUCCCUCCUCCAUGGCCUUUCUCUAGCCCAGAGACAGAAGCACCAGAAAGCACUACCCAUAAAGAGCCUUCUACCAACAUCCUGGGAGCUUUUAGUGCUGAUAACAUGCCAUUGGCUGAAAAGAAGCCUGACUUUAAACAGAAAUCCAAUGAGACCAAAGAAGUGCCUUCUCAACCUGCCAAACCAGAGGACAACUCUGCCUCAACCCCGGGUGAAAAACAUUUUAGUGCAGACAAGCCGCCAUUGGCUGAGCUCAACCUUGAUGACAUAAUCAUAGAGACGCCUGAUCCGUCAGUCAUGGCCGGUAACUUAUUUUUGGAGGACAAUGCAGAUGAAGAAACAUCAAAAGUGGGCGCAGUCAAGAGGUCACCAUUCAGCCCCUUGAUGACUGGAAUGGAUCAUCAGGAUGGAAGUGUUGAACGGACAGCUGAUCCAGAGUCAACUGGAGUGCCAACAUCAAUGGAGCUUCACGUAGAGCAUGGCCCAGUUAACACAAAGACACUUCCAGAGAUUGGAAACAUCACGUGUGGAGAUGCAGCUGAGAAGCACGCCAAAGGCCUAGAGCAGCCCGUUGAUAAGAAGCACGGGAAACAGAGCCCAGUGCCUCAUUCACCUUGUUUAUAUGACCUCAACAGGUCAGAUGAAGACAAGGAAAUUUUGAAAAACAUGGCUGCUCUGAAGGCAGGUCCUCCCAGCAAAAACAAGGAAAUGAAAAUGCCAAUCAAAGCGAAAAGGCCGUCAUGGACUGAGGAGGUUAUGGGCUCCAAAGAGAAUGAUAAGAAACAGAUGGACCAUCAACCCCGGGAUGAGAAGGCCUCCUUAUCACAAGCUGAUGAGCACAAAUCAGCCACUCUAGAAGUUCAAGUGAACAAGAAUAUAGAGGAGUCACAUAGUUCUGAAUGGAACGCAGCGAAAGAGGAAGCGGGCGUUUUGGAAGAACACAGAAGAGAUGCUAACUGUGUUCUGAAAGAGCGCUCAGACAACGAUGUUAAACCAGAAGCUGCUAUUAUCAGAGUUGAGGGUCACAAGCAAAUCAUCUCAGAUGAAUCAGAGCUGGUCCAGAUGCCAGCUUCCCCAGAGCCCACUACACAGUCUUCAGCUUUCCCAGAGCCCACUGCCCAGUAUUCUGCUUCCCCAGAGCCCACUACACAGUCUUCAGCUACCCCAGAGCCCACUGCCCAGUAUUCAGCUACCCCAGAGCCCACUACCCAGUCUUCAGCUACCCCAAAGCCCACUACCCAGUCUUCAGCUUCCCCAGAGCCCACUCCACAGUCUUCAGCUACCCCAGAGCCCACUACACAGUCUUCAGCUACCCCAGAGCCCACUGCCCAGUAUUCUGCUACCCCAGAGCCCACUGCCCAGUCUUCAGCUACCCCAGAGCCCACUUCCCAGUCUUCAGCUACCCCAGAGCCCACUACCCAGUCUUCUGCUACCCCAAAGCCCACUAUCCAGUCUUCUGCUACCUCAGAGCCCACUACCCAGUCUUCUGCUACCCCAGACCCCACACUGACCCAGUCUUCAGCUACCCCAGAGCCCACUACCCAGUCUUCUGCUACCCCAAAGCCCACUAUCCAGUCUUCUGCUACCUCAGAGCCCACUACCCAGUCUUCUGCUACUCCAGACCCCACAUUGACCCAGUCUUCUGCUACUCCAGAGCCCACUACCCAGUCUUCAGCUACCCCAGAGCCCACUACCCAGUCUUCUGCUACCCCAAAGCCCACUAUCCAGUCUUCUGGUACCUCAGAACCUACUACCCAGUCUUCUGCUACCCCAGAGCCCACUACCCAGUCUUCAGCUACCCCAGAGCCCACUACCCAGUCUUCUGCUACCCCAAAGCCCACUACCCAGUCUUCUGCUAACCCAGAGCCCACUACCCAGUCUUCAGCUACCCCAGAGCCCACUACCCAGUCUUCUGCUACCCCAAAGCCCACUACCCAGUCUUCUGCUACUCCAGAGCCCACUACCCAGUCUUCAGCUACCCCAGAGCCCACUACCCAGUCUUCUGCUACCCCAAAGCCCACUAUCCAGUCUUCUGGUACCUCAGAACCUACUACCCAGUCUUCUGCUACCCCAGAGCCCACUACCCAGUCUUCAGCUUCCCCAGAGCCCACUAUCCAGUCUUCUGCUACCUCAGAGCCCACUACCCAGUCUUCUGCUAACCCAGAGCCCACUACCCAGUCGUCAGCUACCCCAGAGCACACUGCCCAGUAUUAUUCUACCCCAGAGCCCACUGCCCAGUAUUCUUCUACCCCAGAGCCCACUGCCCAGUCUUCAGCUACCACAGAGCCCACUACCCAGUCUUCAGCUAACCCAGAGCCCACUACCCAGUCUUCUGCUAACCCAGAGCCCACUACCCAGUCUUCAGCUACCCCAGAGCCCACUACCCAGUCUUCUGAUACCCCAGAGCCCACACUGACCCAGUCUUCUGCUACCUCAGAGCUCACUACCCAGUCUUCUGCUACCCCAGAGCCCACUACCCAGUCUUCAACUACCCCAGAGCCCACUACCCAGUCUUCAGCUACCCCAGAGCCCACUACCCAGUCUUCUGCUACCCCAGAGCCCACUACCCAGUCUUCUGCUACCCCAGAGCCCACUACCCAGUCUUCUGCUACCCCAGAGCCCACUACCCAGUCUUCAGCUACCCCAGAGCCCAAUACCCAGUCUUCAGCUUCCCCAGAGCCCACUACCCAGUCUUCUGCUACCCCAGAGCCCACUACCCAGUCUUCUGCUACCCCAAAGCCCACUACCCAGUCUUCUGCUACCCCAGAGCCCACUACCCAGUCUUCUGCUACCCUAGAGCCCACUACCCAGUCUUCUGCUACCCCAGAGCUCACUACCCAGUCUUCUGCUACCCCAGAGCCCACUACCCAGUCUUCUGCUACCCCAGAGCCCACUACCCAGUCUUCUGAAUCACUUAGAAAACAGAUGAUUGAAGAGGAAAAUGGUAAAGAAAGUGUACCGUCAAUAUCGACUACACCCCUCCUGGAUCUCCCCGCGAAGGCUGUCGGUAGCUUCACCAUGGAGCGCACAUUGCUGUUUGACACGCCUGUGUCAGUGGAAGGAGAGAUUUCUCCAGCUGGAGAGUCAGAUGUUAAGAAGAAAGAGGGGCCGUGCGAUAUGAAGCGUCCCCCCAGUAGGGAGGCUGUAACUGAGGCAGAAAGGCCUCUGUGGGCUACUUUAGAGGAGGAAACUAAGGAGAAGGGGACAGAGGGAGUAGGCAUGAGCACAUUGGAGCCAACAAAGAAUACCUUGCAAACAGGAUCUGAGGCGGCUGAGGGGGGAAGUCCAGUGACCUGGCUGUCCCAACAAGAUGCUCUAAGAAAGCUUCUCAGCCAUCCUCACCAGACACCACAACCCAGGGUAACAAUCCAGGGUAACAUCCAGGGUAACUCAGGCAGUGAAGAGCCACAGUCCAAUGGACAGACCCCAGCAGAUAAGGAGGUCCUUUAUGGUCAAGCGUCAGAUACGGUUGUUCCUCCUCGACGCAGCAAGAAGAAACACCUUUCCUUUCCUGUGGUCUUCCAGGAAGUUUCCCCAGAGGCCUCCACUCUCCCUGCGGACAAGGACGAAGCUCAUGGGAAGGAUGUGUUCGUCCUCAGCCAGGAGAUGCCUGGUCCUCUGCCCAGUCCUGGUCUCGUGUCCUCCAGCAGAUCUUUACUGGAGUGGUGCCAGGUGGCUACACAGGGUUAUAAGGGAGUGAAGGUCACUAAUUUUAACACCUCCUGGCGUAAUGGUCUGGCUUUCUGUUCCAUCCUACACCACUUCUAUCCCGACAAGAUAGCUUUUGAGGCACUGGAACCCAACGAUAUCAAGUUAAACAACAAGAAGGCCUUUGAUGGCUUCGCUGCGCUGGGCAUCUCCCGACUGCUGGAGCCCUCAGACAUGGUGCUACUCUCUGUGCCAGACCGCCUGAUCAUCAUGACUUACCUGAGUCAGAUCCGCACCCACUUUACGGGGCAGGAGCUGAGUGUUCUUCAGAUAGAGCACAACAGCAGCCAGUCCAGCUAUGCAGUGACUGAGCCCAGUGAGGGUUCUGAUGUGGAUGCUGCUGCUCGCUUCUGUGCCCGCAAGUUACAGGAAGGUAGCAUCUCCCUGGAGGACGGUGCUACAGAACAGGCUUCUAAGCCCAAUGGGAGCCUAGUGCCACCCCCCUGGACUAAACGGGUGACAAAAGUGGAAGAGAAGGGAAGCGGAGCUGGGGAUUUGGAUGGGGGAACGGGAGAGACACAGACACCCGUGCCUCCACCCAGGUCACACACCUCUGCAGCCAAAUCAGGAUUUGGUCACGUAAGAGACGCCGACCUGGUGAAGAAAAGGCGCUUGCGGCUGAAGAGUGAGUCCAUGGAUGAAGGGGAUGUGGUGGAGCAGCAGAGUAGCACAUCUAAGAGCACAGAGUCAGCUGAAAGUGUAUCAGACAGAGGGAAGAAUGUCUCCUCAGAAUCCGAGUCAAGGAGCCCAGCACAAGUCCAGGAGUCCAGUGUCCCAAGCCAGGAGGAGGAUACUCUGGACACCAGUCAGUAUGUGCUGAGUGAGCUGCAAGCCCUGGAGACUGAACAGAAGCAUAUUGACAACCGAGCAGGCGUCGUGGAGAGGAGACUCAGAAGACUGAUGGAAUCAAGUAGCGACCGUGACGAGGAAGAGAAACUGAUCCAGGAGUGGUUCACUCUGGUCAACAAGAAGAACGCCCUGAUCAGGAGACAGGAUCAUCUGGAGCUGCUGCAGGAAGAGCAGGACUUGGAGAAACGAUUUGAACUACUGAAUAGAGAACUUAGAGCCAUGAUGGCCAAUGAAGAGUGGCAGAAGACUAAGGCCCAGCAGCACCGGGAGGAGCUCCUACUGCAGGAACUGGUCUCUCUGGUCAACCAGCGGGACGAGCUGGUCAGGGACUUGGACGCCAAGGAGAGAGGUGCCGUUGAGGAGGAUGAGCGUUUGGAGCGGGGGCUGGAGCUUAGACGCAGGAACUUCAGCAACAAAGACAAGUGUGUGCUGCAGUGAGAGUAGGGACGACAAUGACAAAUAGCGCAGUGCCUUAAAUACCAACCCAUCUAGAACUAAACCUCCUCAAUCUCUGCUUCAAACCAAGCUCUCAGUCACUCAGCAACCUAAAAUAUGAAACACUCCUAGACAAACAUGUCACCACUUCAACAAAUCCUUAACUGGGAUUUUGGGACUGAUCGUUAAUAAACUAUUAUACCCCCGGGGGUGCUGGGGCUGUGUGCCUUCCCUUUUGGAGAUACUUGAAGAAAUAAAUCCCUCUGUACCUUGAGGUAAGAGACUCUGGGAAGGUCGCCCAUCCAUGGAGUACUUUUGUUUGAGAAACGAGGACCUUUCCAAUUCAGUCUGACAAUGUGCCUUACUCUGUCAUUCAAUAGACAGAAAGCCCACUGUACAAACAGAUGUGUUGCGUACUUUUAGACUGCCAUGAAGCUAAGAGGUUCAGAUGUAUAGGCCAUAAUGUUUACUUUUAUGUCUAUAAACAUCUCACUGAUCUCAUCAACAAUAUAAGAGAACUUUGCCUGAAUGCUUUGAUGGAACUGGCUAUGAAAUGAACGGUCUGGUGUUUAGACACAAAAUAAAUCAGUCCUCUGUGUAUACAGAAGGGUUUGAUAACAUCAGGCCUCUUUGUAUACAGGAGUGUUUGGUAACAGCAGGCCUCUGUGUAUACAGGAGUGUUUGGUAACAUCAGCUCUGUGUAUACAGGAGGGUUUGGUAACAUCAGGCCUCUUUGUAUACAGGAGUGUUUGGUAACAGCAGGCCUCUGUGUAUACAGGAGUGUUUGGUAACAUCAGCUCUGUGUAUACAAUAGUGUUUGGUAACAUCAGCUCUGUGUACACAGGAGGGUUUGGUAACAUUAGGCCUCUGUGUAUACAGGAGGGUUUGGUAACAUCAGGCCUCUGUGUAUACAGGAGUGUUUGGUAACAUCAGAUCUGUGUAUACAGGAGGGUUUGGUAACAUCAGCUCUGUGUAUACAGGAGGGUUUGGUAACAUCAGCUCUGUGUACACAGGAGGGUUUGGUAACAUCAGGCCUCUGUGUAUACAGGAGGGUUUGGUAACAUCAGGCCUCUGUGUAUACAGGAGGGUUUGGUAACAUCAGGCCCCUGUGUAUACAGGAGGGUUUGGUAACAUGAGGCCUCUGUGUAUACAGGAGGGUUUGGUAACAUCAGCUCUGUGUAUACAGGAGGGUUUGGUAACAUCAGGCCUCUGUGUAUACAGAAGGGUUUGGUAACAUCAGCUCUGUGUAUACAGGAGGGUUUGGUAACAUCAGCUCUGUGUAUACAGGAGGGUUUGGUAACAUCAGGCCUCUGUGUAUACAGGAGGGUUUGGUAACAUCAGCUCUGUGUUUACAGGAGGGUUUGGUAACAUCAGGCCUCUGUGUAUACAGGAGGGUUUGGUAACAUCAGCUCUGUGUAUACAGGAGGGUUUGGUAACAUCAGCUCUGUGUAUACAGGAGGGUUUGGUAACAUCAGCUCUUUGUAUACAGGAGGGUUUGGUAACAUCAGCUCUGUGUAUACAGGAGGGUUUGGUAACAGCAGCUCUGUGUUUUACUUUGGACCCAGAUGUUUGAUGAAAGACUCAAGUUUAUGAGAGUAUCAUGUCUUGAUGACUUCUGGUGAUGACUUGUAAUUGUGUUUUAUCAAUCUUUCUAUUAUUUAUGGAUUGGACAUGUGCAUGAGAAAUGUUUGGGUUAGGUGUGUCAUAUUACAAGUGGCAUGAACAGUCAGAUCAAAACAGAAAUGAAAGAAAAAGAGAAUAGUGAAUAAAGGUGAAACUAGUUGUAGACAGAAGCUAGUAGUCCUACUUGGAAAACAUACAUACCAUCCUGUAUAUAAUACUGUAUUAUUCUGAGUCUCCCAAGUGGUGCAGCGGUCUAAGGCACUGCAUCUCAGUGCUAAAGGUGUCACUACAGACCCUGGUUCAAUUCCAGGCUGUGUCACACCUGGCUGUGAUUGGGUGGCACACAAUUUCCCAGUGUUGUCUGAGUUAGGGUUUGGCAGGGGUCAUUAUAAAUAAGAAUUUGUUUCUUAAGACUUGCCUAGUUAAAACAAAUUUAAAUUAAUUACCUGGCACUGCAUGUUUUUGAAAGAUCUGUCAAAUUGUCUAGUAAUAAUAGAGUCAACAUUUACCAAUGGCUUGUUCGAUGUUAUGUGCUAUUUAUCAUAGAUGAUGAUUACUAUUAUUCAUGGGGUUAUUAAUAUUAUUUUCUUCUAUUUUUUUCAACUAUUUCAAUUUUUGUUUUGUUUUCUGCAUUGUUGGAAAGGGCCCUUAAGUAAGCGUUUCAUUGUUAGUCAACACUUCUUUCUUUUGUUACGAAGCAUGUGACAUUUUGAGGGGGGGGGUAGAUCUGAAAAUGUAAUGAUGUGACAAUAAAGUAUUACUUUGA